AUGAAUGCGAAUGUGAAUGAAAAGGCGGUUGCGCCUUCGCCUUCAGCAAACUUCAGCAGCCAUGACGGUAGCAAUAACCGUGUACCAGAUGCGCCAAAUCAUGCAUCCGAAGAGAGGCCUUUGGAGGAGCCAACUUUUGAUACAGGCCUCGUGACAUGGUUGCAAGUCCUCGGGUCCUUCUUCCUAUUUUUCAAUUCAUGGGGUAUGAUCAAUACCUGGGGUGCCUUCCAGUCAUACUAUGAACAGACUCUUCUCUCUGACGUUUCGUCGUCGACUAUCGCCUGGAUCGGGUCUCUGCAAUCCUUUCUGCUUAUGCUUUUCGGAGUAGUAACUGGUCCAUUGUUCGAUGCAGGGUACUUUCGAGCCCUCGUCAUCUUUGGUACCAUCGUCCUUCCCUUCGGUCUGAUGAUGGCCAGUAUCUCUUCGCAGUAUUGGCAUCUGAUCCUUUCCCAGGGAAUAUGUAUCGGUCUGGCGGCUGGCUGCUUGUUCGUGCCCUCCGUUGCCAUCUUACCCCAGUAUUUCAAAAGGAAGAGAGGGUUGGCAAAUGGAUUGGCGGCUUCAGGAAGUAGCAUCGGUGGUGUGGUCUAUCCGAUCAUGUUCAAUCAGCUGCAAGAGAAAGUCGGAUAUGCAUGGGCAACCCGAGCGCUGGGCUUUGUGGCCUUUGGGACCUGCUGCUUCUCUCUUUCCCUGAUGCGCGUGCGAUUCCUGCCUACCGAGAAACGGAAACUGGUUCAGCUGUCGGCCUUUACAGAGCCAGCGUUCGUGAUGUUUGGCGUUGCCAUGUUUCUGGGCUUCCUGGGCUUCUAUAACUUUCUGUUCUAUGUCCAGUCCUUUGCGAUUGAUACAGGAAUCGUCGAUGGGAACCUCGGAUUCUACCUCCUCGCCAUGCUGAACGCAGGGUCCACAGUUGGGCGUAUCUUCCCCAACUUCGUCGCGGACCAUGCAGGUCCAUUGAACAUGCUGACACCAGCUGCCACGGCGACGGCCAUUUUGGCGUUUGCCUGGAUUGGCGUGCAUAACGUUCCUGGCAUCAUCUGUCUCGCCGUUCUUUACGGGCUUUGCUCCGGUGGUUUCGUGUCGCUUCCCCCAGUGGUGAUGGUGACUCUCACCAAAGACAUCCGCGACUUGGGCACUCGUCUGGGCAUGAUUUUUUCCAUGACUUCGAUAGGCUUGUUGAUCGGUACCCCGAUUGGAGGUGCCAUCUUGAGCGAUACCCAUCAAUACCUCGGAGUUCAGUUGUUUACAGCUUGUUGCCUGGUCACAUCGGCCGCCAUCUUCGCGGCGCUGCGGUUCUCACGGACUGGGUUCAGGCUGCUGGUUCGGGCGUGA